UCCCCACCUUUUAUUUUUGUUUUAUUUUUUAAAAUCUUUAUAAAGUCCCAUCAACUUCUAUGUCCUUGUAUACUAAUCCAAUAUUCAUUUCUCUUCUAAUAUUAUAUCAUAUAAAAUUUCUCUCUCUUUUUUCUCUAUUUGUACAUUUUUGUAACAUUCAAUUAGUUUCUUCAUUUUGAGUAAGCAAAAAAAAAAAAUAGUUUAGAUGGAUUAUCAUGGUCAGAAAAUUGAAGUUGUUGGACGAGGACGAGAAGGAGGACGAGGAGAUAGUAAGGAAGAAAUUAAGGAGGAAGAAAUUGUUAUGGAUCUUCGAAGGGGUCCAUGGACCGUUGAAGAAGACUUUACACUUAUCAAUUUUAUUGCACAUCACGGUGAAGGUCGUUGGAAUUCUCUUGCACGUUGUGCUGGUUUAAAGAGAACAGGGAAAAGUUGUAGAUUGCGAUGGCUUAAUUAUCUUCGACCAGAUGUUCGACGUGGCAAUAUUACUGUUGAAGAACAACUCUUGAUUCUUGAAUUGCAUUCUCGAUGGGGCAAUCGUUGGUCUAAAAUCGCUCAACAUCUUCCUGGAAGAACAGACAAUGAAAUAAAAAAUUAUUGGCGAACUCGGGUACAAAAGCAUGCAAAACAACUCAAAUGUGACGUGAAUAGUAAGCAAUUCAAAGAUACCAUGAAGUAUCUUUGGAUGCCUAGGUUAGCCGAAAGAAUACAAGCCGCCGCGGCUACUUCCAACCCAACGGCGGCUUCUUCCUCCGGCCCCACCACCACAUAUGUCCAAAGUCAAGAAAUUCAACAUCUACUACCAAACAUGAACCAUCAUGUACCCGAAUACUUACCUAUCCAACUGAUGAAUAUCGAGAAAACAAACAGUCUUAAUUAUUCAGCAACUUCAGCGUCAUCGGAUAAUUACUCAUCCGACCUCACUGAUGGUUGCUACAAUUUCUCAAUUAAUCAAAGCAAUAAUCAAGAUCAUUCUCAAGUUAAUCAAAGUACUAAUCAAUUGCUCUAUGUAGAAUCAACAAUUAAUCCCACAAGUUAUAAUUUUCACCCUGGAUUUCAAGGAUUCCAAGAAGUGGAUCAACAAAACAAUACACAAUGGAUGGAAAAUCCAUGGAAUAUUGAAGAUAUGUGCUUCUUACAACAAUUGAACAAUGACAUGUGAUAAAAAAAUAUAUAUAUAUAUAGUAUCCAAGAGUACCUCAAGAGGUUGGAGAUUCAUAUAGAGAAAUAUUAUCAUCAUUAAUCACACCAUAAAAGCAUCUAAUUUUUUUAAAAAUUCUUAUGCAACAUAUUUGUAGCUUUUAUGUUUCAAAUUUCAAUCAAUUUCUUAGUUUUAUAAUUUUUUUUUAAAUAAAAA